AUGGGAUACAAUCUCUACGCUUACUCUCCCUCGGUUGCAUGUGCUGCUAUUGCAACUGUUCUUUUCUUUGUGCUUACAAUCAGCCAUUUGUGGCUGUUAGUCCGAAACGGAACAUAUUUUUUCAGUGCGUUUGUCGUUGGCGUUGAAGUUGUCGGUUAUAUCGCUCGAGCCGUGAGUGCCCAUCAAGAUCCAGAUUAUACGGUCAUGCCGUAUGCAUUGCAAAGUCUGUUCAUCUUGCUGGCCCCGUCACUAUUUGCUGCCUCUAUCUACAUGAUUCUUGGCCGCAUUAUUCGCUUAACAGAGGGCGACUCGCGGUCAAUCAUUCGAGCCAAAUUCAUGACCAAAAUCUUUGUCCUAGGGGACGUCCUUUCGUUCCUCAUCCAAAGCGGAGGUGGUGGUAUUAUGUCGACAUCUAAAUCUCAAAGUCAGAUGAAACUUGGUGAAAAUAUGAUCAUUGUUGGUUCUAUUUUUGGAUUCUUUGCCGUUGUGGCCAUCAUUUUUCACAAGAGAAUCAGCGCACAUCCGACAACCAACUCUCUGGGACUUUCCGUCCCGUGGAAAAAAUUUCUCUUUGUACUAUAUGCGGCCAGUGGCCUCAUCCUAAUCCGGUGCUUGUAUCGAAUCAUUGAAUACGCGCAGGGAUCUUCGGGAACCUUGCAAAGCCGUGAAGCAUAUGCCUAUAUUUUUGAUGGAAUGCUGAUGCUAGGCAUGAUGCUUCUUUUCAUUAUAUUCCAUCCUCACCAGAUACUUGGUGGCGCACAAGGCUCCUUGAAGAUGGAGUAUUCGAUGUCAUCACGCUUGGUUUGA